AUGAAUUAGUCUCCUCGAAAUCAUUUUGGUGGCAAAUAAUCAACAGAAUGGAAGGAAUAAACUAUUGAAAAAGAAGUUGGCAUUUAUAACCAAAAUAAAUAGAGGAUUGAGAAAAUAAUAAUUCAAAUCAAGUUCACCUCAGAUCAAUAAAUUAUUUAUUAAAGAAAUGGGGCAAUUCUGAGAAUGUAAUUAUUUUUUAUAAGCUAAAUUAAAGUGAAUAAGUGCAUGAUGUCUUUGAGAAUCCAGAUAUAUUUAAUAAUAUGGAUCAAAUAAAAUAUCUUUCUUGGCAAGGUUAAUACAAUUUGAACAAAAAAAAAGAUGGCAAAUGGAUUAUUACUUGGGAUAAAAACAUAUUGUAAAAUGUUGGUGGGUAGUUUAAAAAUGGCUAAAAGCAAGGUUAAUGGAAAGAUCUUUUCCUUAAUUAUUAUAAGUAUGUUAUAAAUAUAUGUUAAUAUGAAUAGGUAAGCAAAUAUUUUCGAAACUGGAAAAUAUUACAAUAACUUAAGGAUUGGUUAAUGGUAUUAUAUCUUUUAAGAUGCUAAGAUGUAAUUAUUUUUAAAAUGUUUAGUGGUGGAGGGUUUUAUAAUUAAGAUAGCUUAAAAUAAGGCUUAUGGGUUGAACUAGAUGAAGGAUUUUAUUGUGGAAAAAGAGUAGCCUAUAAUGGUGAAUAUUAAUCAAAUGGCAUGAAGGUAGGCAGAUGGAAUACUAUGUAUGGUAAUAGAUUUGAGAAUAAAUUUAAAUAAAUGUAAAAAUUACUUAAGAAUAAGAAAAUAAAGUGGUGGCGGAUCAUUUGAUAAAGAAGGAAAUCAGAAAAAAAUUGGAAAGUGGAUUGAAUUAGAUGAAGGGUUUGAUUAUAAUAAAAAAGUCACUUAUAUUGGCGAAUAUAAUAUGAAUGGUAAGAAGAUAGGUAUAUGGGAAAUUAUGUAUGAUAAAUGGGGUAAUAGAGAUUCUUAACAGAUGUAAAAAUAAUUAAAGUAUAGGGAUUAAAGUGGCGGAGGAUCAUAUGAUUAAGAAGGAAAUUAGAAAAAAAUUGGAAAGUGGAUUGAAUUGGAUGAAGGAUUUUAUGGUAAUAAAAAAGUCACUUUCAAUGGUGUGUAUAAUAUGAAUGGCAUUAAGAUAGGUAGAUGGGAUACAAUGUACGAAGGAGUUUAAAUGUAAAUUAUAAAGAUAUAAGAAAUAUAGUGGUGGUGGAACAUAUGAUUAAUCAGGAAAUUAGAAAAAAAUUGGAAAGUGGGUGGAAUUAGAUAAAGAGUUUGAUAAUUUUAAGAAAGUAAUUUAUGCUGGUGAAUAUAAUGUGAACGGUAAUAAGACAGGUUCGUGGAAUAUAUUGCAUUUUUAAGAUAAUAAAAAAGAAUUUAAAUAAAUGUAUAUAUGUAUAAGGGAGUAUAUAGUGGUGGAGGAUCAUAUGAUAAAGAAGGGAGUUAGAAAAAAAUUGGAAAGUGGAUUGAACUGGAUGAAAAGUUUUCUAAUAAUAAUUAAGUCAUUUAUAAUGGUGAGUUUAAUCUAAAUUGUAUGAAGGUAGGUAGAUGGGAAAUUCUGUAUCACUAAUAUUAUGAUUUUAAUGAAAAAGGAUAUCAAUAGAUGUAAAUAUUUUCAAUUUAAGGAUUGCAGUGGGGGUGGGUCAUACGAUUAAGAAGGAUAUUAGAAAAAGAUUGGAAAAUGGAUAGAACUUGAUUAAGAGUUUAAAUAUGGAAAAUAAAUCACUCACAAUGGUGAAUACAAUAUGAAUGGUAUGAAAAUAAACAGAUGGGAUAUUUGGUUUACAAGUGAUGAUGGAUAUUAAUAAAGGUAAAAAUUAUUUAAGUAAUAGGGAUCGUCUAGUUUUGGUGGAUUAUAUGAUUAAGAAGGAAAUUAGAAAAAAAUUGGAAAAUGGGUAGAAUUAGAUGAAGGGUUUGAUUAUAAUAAGUAAAUCACUUAUCAUGGGGAAUAUGAUAUGAACUCUAGAAAGGUAGGUAAAUGGGAUAUAUUUUAUUGGAGAGAUAAUGAAAAAGAAUUUAAACUCAUGUAAAUAUUACAUAAAUAUGAGGGAAUGUGCAGUGGUGGUGGAUCGUAUGAUUAAGAAGGAAGUUAGAAAAAGAUUGGGAAGUGGGUAGAAUUGGAUGAAAGGUUUUAUGAUGAUAAAUAAAUCACUUAUAUUGGUGAAUAUAAUGUAAAUGGUCAGAAGAUAGGUAGAUGGGAUAUAAUUUAUAAGUAAUGGGGGAAUAAAGAAUAUAAAUUAAUGUAAACAUUAUAUAAAUAUAAGGGAAUAUACAGUGGUGGUGGAUCAUAUGAUUAAUAAGGAAAUUAGUAGAAGAUUGGAAAUUGGAUAGAAUUGGAUGAAUGUUUUAAAGAUUGUAAAGAAAUAACUUAUAGUGGUCAAUAUGAUAUGAACUCUAGAAAGGUAGGUAAAUGGGAUAUAUUUUAUUGGAGAGAUAAUGAAAAAGAAAUUAAAAAGAUGUAAAUAUUAUAUAAGUAGAAAGGAAAAAACAAUUUCAGUGGUGGUGGCUAAUAUGAUUAAGAAGGAAGUUAGAAAAAGUUUGGAAAGUGGGUAGAAUUGGAUGAAAGGUUUCAUUUUUGGGAAUAAAUCACCCAUAAUGGUGAAUAUAAUUCGGAUGGUGUGAAGGUAGGUAGAUGGGAAGAAAUAGACACAAUCUAACAUUUAAAACGAGGAAAGAUUGAUUAUGAUUAUUGA